CGGACUCCGGCAAAACGAUGUCGUUUCCGUCCAUCUCAUGAUUCUUGCUUUCUCCGUUUUCGCCGCAGUUUCAGUUAGCAGCAAGCAGCUUCAGCGGAGAACGUAGCUCGCUGCAAAGCGAAAGAGCAAGAGACGAAAUUAGCGGAAAAAGAUAAUGGUGGCUUUUGGCGGGAAAAAGCUGCGCCAAGUGGUUGCAGGCUUCGGUGGUAACGGUCUCAGCCAGGUCCUCGCUGCUGUGGCAGUGACGUCCUUUUCGGCUCUUCUCUGUCCCGGACCCGUACUCCCCCCGGAAACCGAGAAUGGGGACUGCGGCGAUGGGGAGGGGAAGGAUGAUGUUGACGAAGGUGAAGCUGAAGGUCCGGCUUCCGGUAACAACAUCACCUGCUCUCUUUCUGAUAAAUCCUUCACGUCUGUGAGAUUUUUGCUCGAAAAUGUGAGCGGAGAAGCAAAGCCUGGAAGAUUAUUGGCUAUAAUGGGGCCGUCAGGUUCUGGAAAAACUACAUUGCUCAAUGUUCUUGCGGGUCAGCUGGCAGCAAAUCCCCGGCUGCAUCUAUCAGGCCUUUUAGAGUUCAAUGGGAAGCCUAUUUCAAAGAAAGCUUAUAAGUUUGCUUAUGUGAGACAGGAGGAUCUGUUUUUCUCACAGCUCACAGUGCGAGAGACAUUGUCCCUUGCUACAGAACUCCAGCUGCCUGGGAUAUCUUCCGUGGAAGAGAGAGAUGAACAUGUGAAAAACCUCUUGUUCAAACUAGGAUUGGUCAGCUGUGCUGACAACACAGUCGGUGAUGCAAAAGUUCGGGGAAUUAGUGGUGGUGAGAAGAAACGCUUAUCUUUGGCAUGCGAGCUUCUUGCAAGCCCAUCUGUCAUAUUUGCUGAUGAACCAACUACUGGACUGGAUGCCUUUCAGGCUGAGAAAGUGGUGGAAACUCUCCAACAACUUGCACAAGAUGGUCAUACAGUAAUUUGCUCUAUACAUCAGCCAAGAGGUUCGGUGUAUAAUAAAUUCGACGACAUUGUCUUGCUAACUGAGGGUUCACUUGUUUAUGCUGGUCCUGCUCGUGAUGAACCAUUGGCAUACUUCUCAAAAUUUGGGUACCAUUGCCCUGAUCAUGUGAAUCCUGCUGAAUUGGCUGAUGUUAUAUCCAUUGACUACAGUUUCUGCUGAAAGAAAUUCUUUUAUUCCUCUCAAAAGAGAAUUAAUGGUCUUGUUGAGUCAUUCUCUGAAAGACUUUCUACAAUAAUAUACGCAUCCCCAAUUACCAAAGAAGUGCUUAACAAAGGAAAGAGAAUUGGGAUGAGGAUGAGAACUGUAGCUAAGAAGAAAAGAGGUUGGUGGAAACAAUUCUGGUUGCUCCUCAGGCGAGCAUGGAUGCAGGCUUCCCGUGAUGGACCAACAAACAAAGUUCGAGCAAGGAUGUCAAUCGCAUCAGCAGUUAUUUUUGGUUCAGUUUUCUGGAGAAUGGGAAGAUCUCAGACUUCAAUACAAGACAGAAUGGGAUUGCUUCAGGUUGCUGCAAUAAACACAGCUAUGGCUGCUCUUACGAAGACUGUUGGGGUGUUUCCAAAGGAGCGUGCAAUUGUAGACAGAGAACGUGCAAAAGGCUCCUAUUCAUUGGGUCCUUAUCUGUUUUCAAAAUUGCUGGCUGAGAUUCCUAUCGGAGCAGCUUUUCCACUGAUGUUUGGUGCUGUUUUGUACCCUAUGGCACGUCUUCAUCCUACUUUACUAGGAUUUGGGAAAUUCUGUGGUAUAGUCACAGUGGAAUCUUUUGCUGCAUCUGCGAUGGGUCUUACUGUAGGAGCGAUGGUUCCAACCACUGAAGCAGCCAUGGCAGUUGGCCCGUCUCUUAUGACUGUUUUUAUUGUAUUUGGAGGCUAUUAUGUCAAUCCUGAAAAUACUCCAAUCAUCUUCCGCUGGAUUCCUCGCGUUUCUCUCAUUAGAUGGGCAUUUCAGGGAUUGUGCAUCAAUGAAUUUAGAGGUCUUCAAUUUGAACAUCAGAAUCCAUUUGAUGUUCAAACUGGAGAACAGGCACUGGAGCGCAUAUCUUUUGGAGGAAGCAAAAUUAGGGAUACAGUGGUAGCACAAAGUAAGGUACUGCUAUUUUGGUACUGCACCACCUACCUUCUCCUUGAGAAGAACAAGCCAAAGUACCAGCAACUUCAGCCACCUGCACUUGACAACAACAAAUCGCAUUCAAAACUCGAGGAGCUUAAUCCUGAGCAAGAUGAGCAGCCACUUGAAUCCGAACCAGUGAGUCAUAUUGAUUCAAAUCAAGUUGACCCUGUUGGACCUUUCAUCCUAGAAGGUGCUGAGUAGAGAGAGAGAUCUUUGCAAAGGGUGACCUUCUCAGUCCUGAAUUUACAAAGCCAAUAAGCUGUUCUUUCCUUAUAGGACAGGGCAGACGAUCAUGAUGUGACUAGGUACACCCAUCGUAGCUUAGAAAUGUCAUACUUGUUAUAAUAAUAGCGUAUAGAGGACCUUCUUGGGAGUUUGAAUGUAGCAGCAGCCAGCAAGUAUUCGUAGGUGUAAAACUUAGCAAUUUGUUGCCAUGCUGCUGUUUCAUCAACUUUGAACAAAUCUGGAUGGUUCAGAUUUUCUUUAUGUUUUUGUUUUUUUGCAUUUAAAUUUGUGGAAAAUUUGCUUCUUUGAUUCUUUAA